GAGCGAGAGAGAGAGGCAGGAAGAGGUGGAAAGUUGGAGGCUGAGUGGAGAGACAUCGAGACUUUGCAAACAACUCCGCCUACAGCGCGCCCUCCCCCCAGCUCGGCCCAGCCAUGGUGGUCCUGGGCUCGCGGGCGCUGGCGCUGAGGGCCGUGCUGCUGGGGCCUCCGGGAUCCGGCAAGGGCACCGUGGCCUCUCGCAUCCGGAGCCGCUUCGGCCUCCAGACGCUGUCCACGGGCGACCUCGUCCGUGACCACAUAGCUCGCAAGACCGAGAUCGGCGUGCUGGCCAAGGAGUGCGUGCUGGCGGGGCGCCUCGUCCCCGACGAGAUCAUCACGGAGCUCACGCUCACCGAGAUCAAGGCCAUCGGGGAGCGCGGCUGGCUCCUGGAUGGCUUCCCCCGGACAGUGUCGCAGGCCCGGGCCCUGUCCGACCGCUACCCGCUGGGCGCGGCCAUCAACCUGGACGUGCCGUUCGCCACCAUCACGGAGCGUCUGACGGCGCGGUGGACUCACCCGGGGAGCGGGCGAGUCUACAACACACACUUCAACCCCCCGCGCAAACCGGGUGUGGAUGACGAGACUGGGGAGCCGCUGGUGCAGCGUGUGGACGACCGUCCCGAGACGGUGACAGCACGGCUGAAGGAAUACAGCGCCCGUACGGAGCCCGUGCUGAUCUACUACGGGGAGAAGGGGCUCCUGCACUCUUUCACGGGGACUGAGACGGACGUGAUCUGGCCUCACAUCGACGAGUUCCUCGCCACGCGAAUCCCUCCGCUCAAAUGAGACCCCCCCACCCACAAGACACGCCCGGUGACGUCAUGUCGUCGAAGCCCGCCCGCCCGAUGACGUCAUGUCGUCGAAACCCGCCUGAUGACGUCAUAGGAUAGGCGCCCCCCCCCCCAUUUUUCGUCGUUUGGUGACGGCGCCUAACGGACCAUUGGGGUUUACGCAUUCCACCGAGGCCCCUCCCCCUGCGAUGAAUAUUAAUUAGUUCGAGGCUCCGUUGACAUUCCACCCAUUCGAUUCUGUUGAGAACGAAUGAACGUUAAUUUCGCUGAGGCUCCGCCUCCUAAUUAAUAUUCAUUCAACAGAGGCGCCGCCCCUUAAUUAAUAUUCAUUCCGGUGAUGCCCCCGCGCCUUAAUUAACAUUAAUUCAAAUGAGGCUCCACCCCUUAAUUGGUAUUCAUUCCACUGAGGUUCCGCCUCUUAAUUAAUAUUCAUUCCACCGAGGCGCCGCCCCUUAAUUAAUAAUUCAACCAAGUGAGGAUCCGCCCCUUAAUUAGUAUUCAUUCCACUGAGGCUCCGCCUCCUUACUUAAUAUUCAUUCCAUUCCACACGAGGCUUCACCCAAUUUUAAUGAGCCUCAUCACGCGCAGAGGUUUCAAUGGGACUGCUGUGUGGCAGUGUUCUAUCGCUAAUACGAUUUUAAAAUAUAUCUUUUAAUUAUUGAUGAACAGAAAUAUAUAUGUAUUUAGAUCCGCGCGUAAACGAGCAGAGCUUUAAUGCGCAGAUCACAGAAUGCCUAACUUUACGUCUUGGGAGAAAUCGUCGCGUCAUUGAUCAUCAUCAUCAUCAGCAGCAGCAGCAUCAUCAGCAAUCGUCUUUAUCCACUGCUGGAUGAAGGCCACCCCCCCCCCCCCACCAUCCCCGAGCCAAAAUACGCAACGCCACCACUGCCGCCAGU